GAGGAGAGAAAGAAGGCGGGAGCGGCAGGGCAUUGCUGAGGGCCCGCGAUGGUGGGAGCAUGGGAGAAGUGGCAGUGAAGCAGGGCUUCCUGUACCUUCAGCUGCAGCAGACAUUUGGAAAGAAAUGGCGCCGGUUUGGGGCUGUGCUGUAUGGAGAGUCGGGCUGCUCCCUGGCCCGGCUGGAGCUGCAGGAAGGUCCGGAGAAGCCGAGGCGGGGAGAGGGCUCCAGGAAGGUCAUCCGCCUCAGUGACUGCCUGCGGGUGGCUGAGGCUGGCGGGGAAGCCAGCAGCCCUCGGGACACCAGCCCCUUCCUCCUGGAGACCAAGGAGCGCCAGUACCUGUUGGCAGCCCCCGCCGCAGAGCGUGCUGACUGGAUGCAGACCAUCUGCCUCCUGGCCUUUCCUGGCCAGAGGACGGAGCUCAUGGGGCCGGAGGGGAUGGGCAGCAGGCCCUGCAUGGCAGAGAACGAAUUGUACAGCAGCAGGACCACAGUGGUUCCCCGAAAGGAGUUUGCUGUGACCAUGAGGCUCACCGAAGCCAGUGAGCGGUGCCGGCUGCGCGGAGCCUAUACCCUCCGUGCGGGGGAGAGCGCCCUGGAGUUGUGGGGUGGCCCUGAGCCCGGCACCAAGCUAUAUGAGUGGCCCUACCGGUUCCUGAGGCGCUUUGGGAGGGACAAGGUCACCUUUUCCUUCGAGGCAGGCCGGCGCUGCACCUCUGGAGAGGGCAGCUUUGAGUUUGAAACCCGGCAAGGCAAUGAGAUCUUCUUGGCCCUGGAAGAGGCCAUCUCUGCUCAGAAGAACUCGGCUCCUCCUGGACUCCAAGCCCAGCCAACCACAGUCCCGGGGGUGUCGUCUCGGCCCGACAGUCCCUACUCCCGGCCCCAUGACUCACUGCCACCACCACCUUCGCCCACGGCCCCAGUGUCUGCCCUCCGGCCUCCUCGGGCCCCAGAGGGGGAGUAUGCGGUACCCUUCGAUGCAGUAGCCCGUAACCUGGGGAAGAACUUGAGGAGUAUGCUGGGUGUCUCUCGCCAGUGCCCAGCCGACCCUCUGUAUGACAGCAUUGAGGAGCACCCAACCCCGAGGCCUGAGCACAUAUAUGAUGAGCCUGAGGGGGUGGCCUCUCUGUCCCUCUAUGACAGACCCCAGGAGCCCCUAGGUGAGGCCUGGAGGAGGCAUGCCAUGGAUGAUGGGGACCCCAGUAGCCUGCAGCAUGUCUACCCAGUGGGGCAGGACUUCUCAGCCUCUGACUGGUCUCAGGGAACAGAGUAUGACAACGUCAUACUUAAGAGAGGCCCAAAGUGACUGAGGCAGGGUGAUGGCACUGUGCUGAAUGCUGGCCCCAUCGGGAUCCCAGGUUAGAUGCUGGUCAGGAAGAGGGAUGCGGCUGUCCUCCCCUUUCAGCUCCUUCUGGUGACUCCUCCUGGCUACUGUACCCCAAGCAUAUCCCUCUGCUCUUUGGGGAACCCUUAGCCGGGUCUGCUUGUGAGUCACCAUCUGAAGCAGGAAGGUUGCCCUAAAGAGACCCUCCCGCCUCCUACUCCCUUCCCACUUCCUCUUCUUCCCUUCCCGGGACCUAAAGGGAACCUUGGGCACUGAAAGGAGAGGACACAAUAAUGUCAGCAAAUCACCCUGGCUCCCUGUUUUCUGCAGGCUUCCUGCCUGCUGGCUCCAGGCCCAGAAGAGUGUGGCUGCAGCUUUUGCAGGUUGGGGACUUCUCUGUGGC